UGGGAGCGGGUACCUGUCAAAUUCGGGUACCCGCUCCCACUACUGCUGCGAUCGCCUAAGGCGAUCGGAAGCAGAAGUUAUCCUCCCCCUGUAGUCUUCUGGGACACGUGGCAGGUCCCAGAAGACUACGGGGCCAUUCACAAAGCACAGCUCUUCCUGCGCAUGCGCAGUGGGCACCCGGCGGUGAAGCUGCAAGCUGUCACUGCCGGGUGCCCACAGUGAAGGUUCCGGCACCAGGGAGAGAAGACGUUAAGUGAAACCAGCAGUGGUGAGGACACCGCUG